UCUGCCACAUCCAUGGCACUGCCUCCAUGCAUUCCACUAUUCCAAGCUUUCAGUGAACAGCAAGAGAAGUGGUUCAAUGCUCCCUGUGCUAAGUGUGAAGGGUCACAUCCUACCAGAAUCGUGCAGCCAGCACAGCCACCCAUGGACACCUCUUUGGCACCACCUGCAGAACUAAUGGAGCUGGACCCAUCACCUUCACUGCGACAGCAGCUCAACUUCCCAGCCCUCAUCCUGGUGCCCACCAUGGACCAGGCACCAUCGUUGUCAUCAUCGUCAUUUCCACUGCUGUUGUCAAUGCUGCCAUUUCUGCUUUUCAUCAGCCAAACUCAGGAAGAGGAUGUAACAUUUGCUUUUGCAAAUCAGAUACAUACAAAUCAAGGUAAGUCUUCGUAG